ACACACACACAUAUCGUUUCCACAGUGAGCAUAUGAUCACGACAUUUUGCUUUGAAGUCGAACCUGAAACUGUGGGAAUAAUUUGGAAACUUGGAGGUCAUUCCAGCAGCUCUUCAUCGUGAGAGGCAAAUGUCCAGUCCACUAGAGCGGAUUGUAGCCCAGAAGAAGGAGGCCAUUGAAGCCGUAAUGGAGAUGUUUGAGAGAGGAGCAGAGGUGCUGGCCAGCGCUGUUGGGGAGCUGUGUCCUCUUUUUGAAGCUUCUGCUCCAGUUUUGAGGCUGGUUCUGGAAAAUGUGGAAAGCAAGGAGAUCACAUAUGUCAAAGAUCAGUUUCUAGUUGUGAGGCGCAAAUUAGAUGUCCUCUCAUGUCAGUUACAGGACAUUGACUCUGAGAUCAGAAGGAGACGUUUGGAUUCCCAGUUCUUCUCUGUGGAGGAAAAUUUGCGGAACCAGUUUAGAAAAUACAUAGACAUUCUGGAGGCUAAACCUGAGUAUAAAGAGGUCAAAAAACGCUUGUUCUUAGAGCAUUUUUUCAUAACAGGUGGAGAGAAAAAUCUCUGUGUGCUUUAUGAUGCUGUGAUGGGGAACAGCACGUUUGGGGAGCCAAUCCUGGAUGUUGUGGAACAAUACGAGGCCAGAAACAGAAGGGUCCUGGAAGACUUCUGCGUCAGGCUGAAGGAGCUGCUCUGCUUGGGAAUCAUCGCUCUGCUGGGAUAUUGUUUCCUUACUCAGGGUGAGGAAUCAGAGCAGGAGAAGGUUCAAGAGUGGAGCACGAAGAUCCAAGAAAUUGAAACGAAAAUGAAGGAAACGAUACAGAAAUGUGUGGAUUCGUUUCCAGAGCAAGCUGAACUGGACAUCAAGAGGCUUGUGAAGGAGAAAGAAGAUGGGAACCUUCAGGAAACGGCUCAGGAACUGCUGGACUUCCUGGUGAAGAAGUACGACUGGGUGAGCUGGUCCAUCAGAGCCAUUAGUAACUUGGGCAAAAUUAGCAACUUGAGAGCUGGACAAAACUUUCAGUGUGUGGCUGGACAGAAUUAUUUUGAAGUAUCUCAAGGAAACGACACCAACCUAGUGAUCUCGUUCAGCAGCAACCCUCAGCCUGUGCCCAACGAGAGCGUAAAACAGACGAUGGAGGGCCCUGCGAGGAAGAGAGAUGCCAAAGCUGUUGUGGAGCUUCUGGAGAAGCAGUUAGCUGGGUUUCUGGUUCAUGCCAUCAGUCGUCACAAGGACAGCUUUGCUCUGUCGAGUUUUCCUGAAGAAUGUCACUACUGGGAGAAACAUAAGAAAGUGAAUGUGUGUGUGCAUUCAGAAUAGAUUUAGACAAACAAAUAAUUACUAAUAUUAUAUAUCUAACAUUUUGCAACUAGCAAUUUUACAUUAUUCAUGAUCUAUAAGUCCUUGAAAAACUGCAGCAUUGUUAUAUGUUUAUUGUAAGGUUGCUAUCACCUGUCCAAAUGUAAGUUUAAAAUUAUUAUUUUUCACAGCUUGUUUUAGUGCAUAUUUCUCUCCUGAUUCAGACAAGUUGACUUUUUCAGCAGAGAGAGCAAUAUUAUAGAAUACUCGUCUUUUAGCUGGAAGCAAUGGUUUGAAGUUAAAAAAAUGUCUUGAUGGAUUUGUUUCUUAUAAACAAUCAGCGUUAGGCAUAACAAGACAUUAAUUGAUGGACUGGAGUGGUGAGGAUUACUUGUAGA